GAAGCAAACCGUCAUGCCCGACAACUUUAUAACCAUGGCUUUUGCCUUGGUACUACCAAAGUUGAUGUCGAACUCUUUACUUGCAUUACUUAAUUCACGUGACACACUUCGUGAAAUGCACGCUGGCCAGGUUGUAUCUGUACAUCUCUCAAAAAUCACAGGUGGCAUAGAUCAUCCUGGCCCUUCGGACAGUACUCGACAAGUACAUGCGCAUGGCAAAGAUGCUGAGAACCAGGAAAUUAUUGAACUCUCGCCAGCUGCUCGCAUUUCCGAUGACUCACUCGAUUCGGAGUUCCAAGUCCCAAGAGACACUGCAAUCUGAAUACUGCAGGAUGAUAAGGCCAAACCAUAUGUUCAGAUCCAUUGUUAGUUGCUGUGUUGAGAGCAUUCGCAAAAUAUGGAUGUAGAAUAUAGGCUGGCCGCAAUUGAUGACAGGAUAUAUUAU